AAUGAAUAUUUUAAUUUUUCAAUUAAUAACAAUAUUUCUUUUGACAAUAAGAAAUAAUGAUUGCGCAAUUUGCGAUUUCUUUCAUCAAGAAGAUAAACAGUUAGCAACAAGCACAUAUGUUGUUAUUUAUAAUAUAGAUGAUAGAGGAGUAGACUAUUGUAAAAAGUUAUGCUAUUAUCUUGAACUUUGCAAGAGUUUCUAUGUUGAUAAACAGGAUAACAACAAAUGUUAUCUUUCAACUGACCAUGCAGGAUUAGGAGGAAGUCAGUUACCUCAAGUCAUUGGUUAUGAUUAUUAUGAAAAACCAGAUGUUUGUGAUACUCCACAAUUUGGAGACACAAUUACCUAUACAAGUUAUCCUGAUCAGCUUGGCGGAUUUACUUAUCAUACAGUUUUUAAUACAGGUGAAGCUGACUGCAAAAAACUUUGUAGCAUGCUCAGUGAUUGCAAUACAAUUAGUAUUGUAACUUCAAAUCAGAUAUGUCACAUUUUCAAAGCAACCUUUGAUGAACUUACAGAUCGUCGUCAAUCAGUAGGGGAUACUACAUUUUCAAAAAUUGGUGUAACAAUUGAACCUUCAUUGGAUCCAGGAGUUCCAAAUGGAAUGCAAGAGUGUGGACCUCCUGCACAGGAAACAGAAGAAGCCUUUGAUACCCUCAAGAGAGCAAUGAUAACACCUCCAAUCCUACAGCUACCUGAUUAUAACAAACCUUUCUACCUUACCACUGAUGCAUCUGACUUUGCAGUUGGAGCUAUCUUAGAGCAAGAAACUGUUGGAGCUGAUGGAAAGAAAACCAAGAGACCAAUUACAAAAUUGUAA